AUGUCUCGGACAGACAGCGAACGAGCGUUGCAUUUGUACAAAGUUUUUAGCGCCCUGACGGAUGAUGUUGUUGCAUUUUUACGAGUUGCCAGACAGUACGAACAUGCUACUCGACUUGAGAUACCCAAUUUAAAGCAUGCAUCUACGGAUUUGGCGAAGUUGCUAGAAGAUGACUUGCAUGACCCCGAUUUUGCGAUCCGCCGGAAGGAAUACCGUGAACAGAAGUUUGGAAAAUCCAAAGGUGAAAGUAGCUCAGCAUCAAAAGCUGCAAAAGCACAACCCUCGUCCAAGGCGAACGAUAGUGUGGCAUCUAAAGACGUACCAAACUCUGGUACUAAAGCUCCAGCUGCGGAUCUAAUCGACUUCUUUGGGUCUAUUGAGGAAAAUCAGCCACCAGCAAAUCAACAGCUACCACCACAACAACCACAGCAGCAGAAUAUGCCAAUGCAAUUCCAGCAAACAGGUUUCCAGCAGCAGCCGGUACCAGCGGAGUUCCUACAGAAUCAAACGGGAUUUGCUCCUAACCCAAUGGGACAAAAUAUAAACCCGUUCGGCCAGUACGAUACACAAAUGCAGCAACAGCCACAGCAACAGCCUCCAGCGGCCCAGCCAUUACAAGCUUCUCACACAGGCGCGGGGUUCGGAGGUUACACCCCACAGCCUUUCCAGAGUCCAAGUCCACUUUCUGCUAUUCCACAGAACGGGGCUGUUCCCUUCCAGCGACCCAUGACAGCGGGUGCCACACCACGAGCCAACAACCCUUUCCGACAGUCUAUGCUUCCCACCGCAGACAACUUGUCAUCCCCCCAAUUACAGUCUCCUUCAACAUUGGCCAUGAAGCGGCAAUCUACCAACCCGUUUGCGAAACAACCUCCUGCUAUCCCUCCACAAUACCAAAUUCCCAACCCCAACCAAUACCCCAUGCCGUCAUCGUCUCCACCCCCUUCACAACAACAGCCUCAGCCCCUUCAGCCUCAGCGAACAGGAACAAACCCGUUUGCGCGGCCUCAGCCACAGCAGAGCCAGGAAGCACUGCCGGCCCAACGUCUACAGCCAAACCCAACUGGCAGUACAAACCCUUUCCGCCAAAGCGCUUUCAUAAACCAAGCCACGGGUCAAGGAUGGCAGAACGUUCCGCAGGGGACAAUGGGCGGACUAGAGAAGCUAGAAACCAUCCCUGUCUUCCCUCGGCCAGGUCAAAUGGCAUAG